AUGACUGAUCGCACAUCAAUGGAACAAACGACCCCACCAGAUAAAACUACUGACACCACACAAAUGAAGCAGACGACAACAGAUUCAAUAAAUGAUACGACUGAAGUGGUGCAGACAUCAUUAACAGAUACAACGAGCGAUAUUACUGAUACAUUUGUUACACCAUCAUAUAUUACAAUUGAUACAGAAGGUACACUGACAUCAUCAACUAAUGAGGUGACUCGGACUACACAGUUAACACAGAUGGAAACAGAUGAUUUGGCUGAUAGUACAGAAAGAACACAGACGAAAUCAACAGACACAAAAGAUGUGACCACAGAAAUGACACGGAGAACAACAGAUUUACCAACUGAUAAUACCAUGGAAACGACACAGACGAUUCCAACAAAUAUGGUAUCUGAUACUAGAGAAAUUAUACAAACGACAACAAUAAAUGAAAUGGCUUAUUCUACAGAUAGGUCACAGACGGUAACAACGGACACGUUAACUGAUACCACAGAGAAAAUAGAGACACCGUCAACAGAAGUAAGAGCUCAUACCACAGAAAUCGAACAGACAAUAUCAACUGUUCAGGACGGACAUACUACAGAGAUAGCACAGUCCACACCGGUCGACAAAAUAGCUGGUAGCACAGAAAUGACACAGUCAACAAUAAUAAACACGAUAUCUGAUAAAACAGAAAUGCCAACGGAUGUCAAAACUGAUACUACGAAAAUGGCACAUACGAUACUAACCUUUACGGGAGAUGAUACCACAGUAGAAUCACAGACGACAUCAACAGACGAAAUACCUGAUACUACAGAAAUGACACAGACAACACUGACAAUCAUGAUUUCUGAUACCACGACAACAAUAAUACAAACGACAUCAACAGCUGACAGACCUCAUACCACAGAAAAGACCGAGACGACAGUACCCGUUACGGAAGGGGAAACUACAGAAAUGAAACAGACAACAGCAACCGAUGAAAUAGCUGCUUGCACAGAAAUGACACAAACAACAUCACAAGACACGAUAUCUGAUACAACAGAAAUGCCAACGGAUGUCAAAACUGAUACUACGAAAAUGGCAUAUACGAUACUAACCUUUACGGGAAAUGAUACCACAGUAGAAUCACAGACGACAUCAACAGACGAAAUACCUGAUACUACAGAAAUGACACAGACAACAUUGACAGUCAUGAUUUCUGAUACCGCGACAACAAUAAUACAAACGACAUCAACAGAUGACAGAGCUCUUACCAAAGACAUGACAAAGGCGAUGCUAACCAUUACGGAGGGUGUUACUACACAAACAGCACAGACCAGACCAACAUACGAAAAAGCAGAUCCCACAGAAAUGACGCAGACAGCAUUGGUAGACAAGGUAUCUGACACCACAAAAAUAACGACGAUGACAGCAUCCGAAGAAGCAACUUAUAAUCCAGGGAUGACAGACAAUAUGAUAACAAACAAGAUAACUGAUCACACAAAUAUGGAACAUACAACAUCAGCAAGUCAAAUGGUUGAUACCACAGAAGUGCUAAAGACGACAUUAAUGGACAGGAUAGCAGAGAGCACAGGCAUUACACAAAUAACAUCAAUACACCAAACAACCGAUACCAUAGAAAUAACACAGAAGAUCUCAUCAGAUACAGUAACGGAUACUACAGAUGUAACGCACAUGAUCUCAACAGACAUGAUAGGCGAUACUACACAAAUAACACAGACAACAUAUCGGAGUGAAAUGCCUGUCGAUCCAUCUUUGUCAACCACAGGCCUCAGUUCUACGGCUUAUGAGACUUUAGAACCACAUGUCACCGUUUCCCCGCAACAGAGGCCGACUUCACAAGAAUCUAUUUUUACAACUUCAUAUUCAUCAGAUGCUACUACUUCUGCUGUCUCAUCUACUUCUUCAGAAGAUGCUGGGUCAUACAAUACAGUUGGAUAUGACAAAACCGAGGCCCUAUCUUCACCAUUUGCAACGAAAGCAGCAGAAAUGACCUCGUCUGAAUUGAUUUCAAGUGGGAGUGUAUUGACCAAUGAUGGAACAUUUACAGCACCCACGACUUCAGUAAAUAGCAAUACAAUGGAUCUGAAACCCACCGAUGUAAAUCCUACAAAUGGAAACUCAAGAUCAGGCAAUACGAUUUCCUUUACAUCAGAAUACAUAGACGUGCCUGCAAGAACUUCCGAUGUCAGCGAGCCUAAUCAGCCUGUGACUGCCACCCCCAACCCUUCAGAUACAACCUCCGAUGGGCAAUACCUAAUGAGUACUAGUGCACAGCAUGCGCCAUCAUUCUCUACUUCAGAAGACACUGGAGCUACACAGGGGAUAUACACACUUGUUGAUGUAACUAUAGCCAGCACGGAUGAAGGGGUCACGACAUUUGACAUUGAACAAACUGUACGAGAUUUAACUACAUUGCCUGGAUUUGAGUCAACAUCAAGCCAAUCCACAGUCGCAGGGACCGUUUUGGAAACUGAUCCACAAACUACCUUUGAUUCGAUCACAGACGAUCAAAUUAAUACCCAACAGACACCAGUUUGGAGAACCUCUCCAACUCUUACAAAUUACGAUAUAGGUGUGACAUCAACCUCUACCUACAUGGUUACUGAUUUCGUAGAAACUACCGAAAAUAAAGAAUCGAUAAUCACAACUAGGAGAGAUCUUGGUGCAGACGAAACGACAACGACGAAACUACUUAGUAUAGAAUACUCAUCCCUACCGUUUACUAUCGGUUAUCAUACGGAUGAAGCCUUUAAAACCGAUUCAGCCAGGACGGUAACAAAGAACCAGGUAACUGUUGAUACCGAUGAUAUGACGUCCACUAUGAAAAUGAGUGAUAAUACUGCCACAACUGUUCAAGAUGGUUUUACUUCAGACGAACACUCAACAUCAGAAUUAGUCAUUUUGUCAAGCACAGCAUCAACAGAGGGGGCUGCUUUUGAAACUGAAACAUUUUCGAGCAGGUCUCCUGAAAAACUUGGGACCAGUCAAAUCAGUGAUGAAAUAACAACUAGUGAUUUUCCAUUUUCGAGUACCGCAACUCCAAUAAACAUUAUAACAGAUGAAACGACAACCUUAAGGACUAUAACUUCAACAGAAUACAGUUCUGAUGCAUUUUCCUCUGGGGCAGUUUCCACGCUUAAUCCUCUCACAGAUAAAGCAACGACUAAACUACAAGACAUAUCUACCUGGAAGAGCACUGAAGGGGUAUUUGAAACAGAAGAGGAUUUUUCCUCGCAGGCCUUGACCAUAAAUGAUGACAGUACGACAGAUUCAUCAACAUCAAAGCCAAUAAAUGAUCUUACGACCCUCAUGAUAACAACUGCAGACGAUAUGCAUCCAACCACCAGAAAGUCAUUUUCAGAAACAUCGGAACCAUCAAGCACCGACCAGUCGUUUUCAGAUUUUGGCACCACCGAGACAGACCAGACGGUAGGCGAAUACACUACAACAGGAUCCUCAGCCCUUAUAACUUCCCCUACAUUUGCUUUAACGAUGGAAACUACGAUAGGGCCUACCCCGUCAGAGUCUUCCACUACAACAUCAAUUACUGAUUCCCCAUCUGUUCCAACAUUAACCUACGCAGAGACGAUAUACACAACGCCUAUAACCAGUGGCGCCGUGAAAUCUACGACGUUUCUGGAAACUCGUGGUCUCUUAACAGAUGGUCUUUCCAGUGAUUAUACCGAAUCAUUGGAAACAUCGUCUGGUAUACAUGUGACAGAAAAUGCCUUUACAGAAACUACAUAUCAAAGAGUGGCGACUGACGAGUCUACCACCUACUCGGAAGGAGCGUCCCUUGAGAUUACGAGUAUAUCAGUUCACACAACCCAAACCGAAGAUGCUCAUGUGUCAACAAUCACAACUGAAGCAACGGAACAGAAUCCUACCACUCACACGCGUACCAAGGAGCCUUGUGAGAGCUGUAAUCAAGAAACAGAGACCUGCGUAGACGGACGAUGUGAAUGCCGACCGAGUGCCUACCGAACGCACGUCAGCGAUCAAUGUUCAGGUACAAGAUCAUUCACCUUUACGUUCAGAAUAUUUUUAAUCGAUAAUGAUCAAGCCCUUUACACCAACGACCUUCGUGAUAAACAGAGUACAGCCUAUCAACUUCUUCAAACAGAUCUUGUCAAGUCGGUAAGGUGGGAUAUCAAUAAAUUCCGUGUUUGA